AGAACAGACACCGGGAGUCCUAGCCGUGACGUGAAACUUUGAGGUUCAGAAUAUUUCUCCACCUCUUGGAAAGAUGGCUGAAGCUCAGGCCGGCUCUCGGAGGGUGACUCUGUUCAAACAAAAAGCGCCCGGGGGCCUCACCUACCGCAUCCCGGCCUUGUUGUACCUGCCCCAUGAGUCUGUAUUCCUGGCUUUUGCGGAGAAGCGAUCCACACCCAGAGACGAACACGCCAAGCACCUGGUGAUGAGACGAGGGCAGAAGGAAGGGAAGUCUGUCCAGUGGGGCCCAGAAGAGCCAUUGAUGACCGCCAUUUUGCCCGACCACCGCACCAUGAACCCUUGCCCGGUGUACGAGAAGAGGAGCGGCAGAAUUUUCCUGUUCUUUAUCUGCGUCCAGAAGCACGUCACAGAAUGGACCCAGAUCAAGACCGGGAGGAACGCCGCCCGGCUGUGCUACGUCUCCAGCCAAAAUGGCGGACGCACCUGGAGCCAGUUGGCCGAUUUGACUGAUGAGGUGAUUGGCGACGACUUGAGAGACUGGGCCACCUUUGCCGUCGGGCCGGGCCACGGGUUGCAGUUGAGUUCUGGGCGCCUGGUGAUUCCAGCCUACGCUUACUACAUCCAUAGGAGUUGCUUUUCCACCUCAGCGGGUACCUGCACGAAGCCGCAUUUCUUCAUGUUCUACAGUGAUGACCACGGCCAGCACUGGACACGGGGGCAGCUGGUGAAGAGCUUCCGGACCGUAGAAUGUCAGGUGGCUGAGGUGACCAGCCCACACCACGCCCCGGUGUUAUACUGCAACGCCCGCAGUCCGGACAAGUAUCGGGUCGAAGCCUUCAGCAUGGACGGUGGAGGCCAUUUUGAGAAACCUUUCCUAAGCGAGACAUUACCGGAGACAGGAGCUGGUUGCCAGGGGAGCGUGGUGAGCUUCAACCCGAUGCUGAAGCCAGGCCGAGGAGAAGACCCGGCUGCGGGGUCUCACUUUCCAGGCGGCCGUCACCCAACCGCUGCCAAGACUACAGAGUCCUGGAUGAUUUUCUCCCACCCCACAAGCCGACACAGCCGAAUCGACCUGGGCGUCUACCUGAACACCUCCCCGCUGGUUAAGAACAGCUGGAAGGCCCCCCGGGUGAUAUUUGAAGGGCCCUGUGGCUACUCGGACCUGGCCGUGUGUGAGGACGGCCACUCGGUGCUCUUUGGUUGCUUGUUCGAAUGCGGGGUGUCCAAUGGAUAUGAGGAGAUCGCCUUCCAGCUCUUCGCUGACAAGGACCUCCUCGGGAACAUUAGCGAAGAAGGCUGAUAUUGAGAUGCUGAGCCCCUGGAGGGAUAUUUAGACCCCAGCAACAGAAAAUUAGAUGUGUUGUUGACGGACUUUCAU